AUGUCUUCCUCUCAGGAAAUCAAGUUCGCUCUUAGCCGCAUCAAUCGUGUCCUGAAAGGAAAGAGAACAGCCGGUUACAGAGAUAUUCGUCUGGGCCUCGAUCGUAUCAAACGUGUCGUUCCACAAAAGCAAGAGUGGAAAGGCAUACAUGUCGCUGGAACGAAUGGCAAGGGUUCAAUAUGCACCUUUCUCGCCGCCCUGUUCAAACUCGCCGGUCUCGGUUAUGGAAGCUUCACAUCACCCGCUUUUCCAGAGAGACAUAAUGGAGUCAUCAUAAACGGCCUCUACGUGAAUCGACGCAUGUACGAGAUGGAAAUGCAGCAUGUUGAAGACAAGUGGCAGCGAGUUGCCACUGGUUGGACAUAUCAACACUUGGAUGAUCCCAAAGGUCUGUCACCAUUCGAAGCUGAGACGGCAACAGCAUUCCGGGUUUUCAACAAGAUGCACGUUCCUUAUGGCAUUGUCGAAGUUGGUAUGGGCGGCGCCACCGAUGCGACCAAUGCCAUGAAGCGCAAGGCAGUCACUAUUAUUUCCAAGAUCGGUCUUGAUCAUCAAGAGUACCUCGGAAACACCAUCGAAAACAUCGCCAAAGUCAAAGCCGGCAUCAUGCGAAAAAACGUUCCUUGUAUCGUUGACCACACUAACCCUCCCUCUGUCAUACACGUUCUCCGACAACACGCCCGGGAGAUAGGUACAGACAUUAUUCUCACAUGGAAAGGUGAACCUUUACUCAUGACCCUCAACAAUGAGAAAUGGGAGCUUGAAAGUUAUCAAGUGCAGAACCUGCUGUGCGCGGCCAUGGCAUUCCGUCACUUGUUCCCACGGCUGCCAAUCGACUUCAACAAGCUCUUAUCUAUGGAUCCUUUCUUACCCGGUCGAUUGGAAACAGUUCGUGUAGACUCGCCUAGUAUCGAGAUGCCUCGAGAUAUUCUGGUUGAUGGUGCUCACAACAUGCUGGGUAUUGAAGCACUGGCCAGUCAUGUCGACAAGCGUUUGCGAACGCCGGAUGUGCCAGUGACUUGGGUUAUGGGCAUGUCGGCCAGCAAGGAUAAGCCUGUGUUGGAAAUCAUCGACAAGCUCGUUCAACCGCACGAUAAUUUUGCCAUGGUCGAAUUCAGUCAAGGCCCCAACGAUCCUCAACCGGCACCCGCCAACUACGGUACUGAGCACGCUAGGAGUUUGCUCCAAAGCCCCGACGACCAAAUCUACGAUGGGCCCCCCGAUAUUUCAGCUGCUCUUCCAUGGGCGGUCGCCAAGUCUGAGGGUGGGCCGGUGGUUGUGACAGGGAGUCUUUAUCUGAUUCGACAACUAUUCGAGCUUGAGGGCAUUAGCCGAUCAAGGGAGCCGGGUAACAGAAGACCCGGACGUUCCCAACUAUAUCGAUAUAGCAAGCUUGCUAGAGAGGGAAAGCUAACAAGGGAAGAAAAACGUGAGUUCAAGGAAGCCAGGCGGCAUUUUGAGCUAUCACCUCAUCAAAGCCCGAUAUUCUCUCGCGUACACUCACCAAAGAAAAGGUUUAGAAAAAUCCUAAAAUUGACGUGGAGCAAGGAAACGCGACUGCUUCAAAGCACGGCUGCGUUUCAUAAAAUCCAAAGAAGAGGAUAUCUCCAGACCAUCAAGACUCUCAAAAGAGACAAGGCAAUGAAGGAGAAGGGAGAGGGAGUCGAUCACCCUGCCGAUACUCUCUUGGCCCGCGUCAAAGAACUGGAGGAACAGGCCGAGAAGCACAGAGAAGAGUACGACGACACUAUGUUCAGUCUAAGGGGAUACAAAGCCGUGCCACACAUGAAGUACGUGACCCAUCGCCAGGUCUUUGGGUACCCCAAGAAGCCCAAAGCACCAACCAAGUCUCCCUUCGCGGCAGCUGAAAAGAAGUCCGAGAAUACUCAACGGAAGCCUGUUAUGGCGUGGCAGGACCGAUCUCAGAGUUUUAGCGACGAGCUUGCCGCUGCUGAGAAACAGCGAGAGUUGGCGAUAAAAGAAGCUGCGAGCAAGGAGGCUGCAAAGAACAACGACGACGCCCUUGUAGCAAAGAUGGCUACUGGCAGGAGGGGCAUGUGA